UCUCCCUGCAUUGCCAAUACAGUCACUGACAGAGAAGCACACUGCUCUGAAGUCAGACAGAAACAGUUCUACCAAGCCAUAGGAUGCCACAAGACUGCUCUCAGACCUUUGAGUGGGCCUAUGCUUCUUCAUGCUCAGAAUCUCCUGCUUCUUCAUCAGACUCCUACAGUCUGUCUCCUGGCUAUGCACAUUUAGCCCCACCAAAGGAGACCUUUUGCAACUACCAUCAAGCCCAGGUGUACGACAUGACUUCUCACCAGACACAGGAGUCACCACAGGGCUCUAGAAGAACAAGAUGCAGAAUGGUAGGUCCUCAGAGACAAAGUGCCAGUGAGCGGGAGAAAAUGCGGAUGAGAAACCUCUCUAAAGCACUUCAGAACCUUAGAAGAUAUUUGCCACCAUCAGUAGUGCCAGCUGGCAGGACACUAACAAAAAUCGAAACCCUGAGACUCACCAUACGCUACAUAUCUCACCUAUCAAGUCUACUUGGACUUAAUGAAGAGGUGAUGAGCCACAAAAGAGAACCAGUGCUAGGUAUGCAGCCUGCCUCAUAUUCAAAGAUGACAGACAGUUGCCAAGACAUGACAUGCCGGGUCUACCAGCAACAGCCUCAGACUACUCUCUACCAUGAUGCAUCAAAUCAGUGUUCCAAAGCCACAUUCCCAACCAUGCAACCUGCGAGCAGACACACAGAGCUAGAAGCUUGGGUACCAUCUUGUGAAUAUAACAUGAAAUCCAACUCACUGAGUGAAUUCGGCCUUUCCUCUCACUGCUCCUCAAGACUGACACAUAUGUAUCAGCUUGGAGACUAUCGAGCCACAGAUUUCAACUCAGUCACUGCUCAGAUACCCAGAGAGAUCGACUCCGGCCUGUUAUUCUCAGAUCCGCUUACUGACGUCGAUCAGUGGCUUAUAGACUAAGACACAUUGGCAGAGAUGCUCGGUCAUCACUCCCCGAGGGGAAAGACUUGGAAAGAACAUUCAUCAAACACAGUUUUAAAAAAGGCCCCAACAAUCCACUAGCACGCUACUAAUUAAUCAUUCGGCUUUAAUCACUGAAUAAUUAUGGCAGCUUUUUGCUCUGUGACUAUUCCUAUUUACUGCUGUCAUCACAUAAUUACUCCUUUUAUUAUAAUAGCAUUUAUUUGUUUGCACAAACUUAAUAAGUGCUGUGAUAUUCUCUGAAAUGCUCUGUGUUACUGAAUAUACCCCUGGAUCAGCUCCUCAGUGCGGUCCUAGGCACAGCGGCCUGUAUCCCCAUUGUGAUCUCAUUGCUUGGCCAUAGGGAUCAGACAAUAUCGCCCACCUUAGGUGGACAUAAAGAUCUAGGGAAUACUUUCCCCUAUGAAGGCACAAAAAUUGACUAUGCUUUUCACAUGAGCCAAGUAAAAAUAUUGUUUAAAAAAUGCUUGUACUCAUUGGGCUUAGCCGAAACUGACAUUUUUGCUUUAUUCUAAUAUUGAUAUUAUUAUGCACAUUUAAGGCACUUUACGAGGUAUAUGUACCAAAGGAUAAUGGUGCACAAUGCUUGUGCCAUGAAUCUGCACACAUACCAAAGUCAUAUUUGGUUUGGCUGUGGUCAGACUUUCUCUCUGUUGUAGUGCCCCACAGCUGCCUUUAGGUACAUACAGUAUGCCAGUAGCUGCCUGUGAUGCUGUAUGUGCAGCAAUAUGCAGUGAUUUGGGAGUGGAUUCAAUAAUAAUAGAAAUGGCUGUCAUCAUUGAUUUCUUUUCUGGUUUUAAAAGUAUAUAUGAAAGGGAAAAUGCGUCUUUAUAUAUAUAUAAAUAUGUAAAUGUUUGUGUCAUAAGAGUGUAAUAUAUAUUUAUCUGUGCAAAUAAAUGCAAGUUACUGACUGAUUUAA